UAACGAACACAUCUAUUAUCAGUGCUCAGUCGGGUUAUCAAUGUCAAAGUCAAGUUAGCCUAAAAAUCGAUUCAGUACUGCAUAUCGACUUAAAAAAUUAACCGAUAUCAGAUCGCUAUCCCUACUUUGGCUUUUUGUUUUGGUAAAAGCCUUGUAUUGUACCUAUUUGUAUGGUCGCUUCGCAUAUUUUAUACUUUACGUGGCUUAACUGGUUGAUUAUUACAAAACUAAAAAGAACAUCAACUUGUAAUUUAUUGUACUAAGGCCUUGCCUAUUCCUUUAUUCGGGUGUAACAGUUUUUGAUUCCGUAAUGGCUUUGGCUUUACAGCGGCGUGCAAAUGUACGAUUACCUCCAGAAGUAAACAGAAUUUUGUAUAUUAGAAAUUUACCUUACAAAAUAUCAGCUGAAGAAAUGUAUGACAUCUUUGGAAAAUAUGGUGCAAUCAGGCAAAUUAGAGUUGGAAACACGCCAGAAACAAGAGGAACAGCAUUUGUUGUCUAUGAAGAUAUCUUUGAUGCAAAAAAUGCAUGUGAUCACUUGUCCGGUUUUAAUGUUUGUAAUAGGUAUCUAGUUGUUUUAUACUACAGAUCUAACAAAGCUUUCAAAGGUAUGGAUAUUGAAAAGAAACAAGAAGAAUUAGAUACACUUAAAAAGAAAUAUGGUAUAUCAAGUGAAGAUCUUCGUAAAUAAAGUAAUAUCAGUAAAAAUCUAGAA